AGGCGUGGGCGUGGACACUUCAACAUUCAAAGGAGACGGCAAGAAAAGUGGAGACUAGUCAGCAUCUCGUUUCACUGAACUAGUAGAAGGUUAAAGCGGCAUUCUGUCAAACUCUCUUACUUUAUCAGAGCAAGCAAAGCCAGUGCACUUUGCUACUGAAAAAAAAAUUAUAACUCUGAUUAGUGGAAUGACAAGAGGAGAGGGAGACGAGCCAUUUUCAUCCGGCUUGAUAUCUUCAGCCAAACCAAUGAAUAAAGAUGAAUUCAAAAUUGCCAAGCAAGAGAGGAAGAGAGCUCUGACUAUGUGCAGUAAGGUGUGUUUUGCAAUAGGAGGGGCUCCGUAUCAGAUCACGAGCAGCGCCCUGGGCUUCUUUCUACAGAUCUUCCUGCUGGAUGUAGCACAGUUGGAUCCUCUCAAUGCUUCUGUAAUCCUGUUUGUGGGUCGGGUCUGGGAUGCUGUUACUGAUCCCACAGUUGGGUUUUUAAUAAGCAGAACCCCAUGGACACGCCAUGGACGCAUGCUGCCCUGGAUUCUGGUGUCCACCAUGCCAGCUGUGUUGUGUUAUUUCCUGAUAUGGGUGGUUCCUCCCAUAGAGCAGGGCAAGAUGAUUUGGUAUCUGCUCUUCUACUGUCUCUUCCAGACUCUUCAGACAUGUUUCCAUGUGCCAUACUCUGCUCUGACAAUGUUCAUCAGCACUGAGCAGAGAGAACGAGACUCAGCCACAGCGUACCGUAUGACUGUAGAGGCGAUGGGUAUGGUAAUUGGCACUGCCGUCCAAGGCCAGAUUGUGGGCAUGGCCAACAGCCCCUGCAUUAACAGUUCAUCUCUGAACAGCAGCUCCAAUCACUCUAUGCAGGAAAAUGCCACUCAGAUCACAUUGAAUGAAUAUAAAAUAUUUAAAGAGAGGUGUGCGUAUAUGAUUGCUUCUGCAAUCAUAAGUUUAAUCUACAUUAUGUGUGCUGUUGUGCUGUUUCUUGGAGUGAGAGAGCAGGACAAUGAGGGUGGUUUAAAAAACAUGCAGAGGCGUGCAUCAUUCCUAACUGGUCUGCGACUUGUGAUGGGUCAUGGGCCAUAUGUUAAACUUGUGCUGGCCUUCCUCUUUACCUCACUGGCCUUCAUGCUGUUGGAGGGAAAUUUUGCUGUGUUUAUCAAGUACACACUGGGAUUCCGAAACGAUUUUCAGAAUAUAUUACUUGUCAUAAUGCUAUCUGCCACUCUCACCAUUCCCAUGUGGCAGUGGUUCCUCUGUCGGUUUGGGAAGAAGACUGCUGUAUACAUUGGCAUCACAUGGGCUGUGCCCUUUAUGAUCUUGGUGGGCUGUGUAAAUAGUAGUCUCAUCAUAUCCUACGUCGUAUCCAUUGCCGCUGGUGCCAGUGUGGCUGCAGCCUUCCUCCUGCCCUGGUCCAUGCUUCCUGAUGUGGUAGAUGAUUUUAAAGUCCAGAAUCCUGACUAUCAUGGCCAUGAGGCUAUUUUCUACUCCUUCUAUGUUUUCUUCACCAAAUUCGCCUCUGGAGUGUCACUUGGAGUAUCAACGCUGGCAUUGAGUUUUGCAGGUUAUGUGACAGGAGGUUGUGUUCAGCCUGAUUCUGUGAAUAUGACGUUAAAGAUUUUGGUGUCCGCUGCUCCUGUAUCACUUAUAGCUAUGGGGCUGCUCAUCUUUAAAACAUAUCCCAUCGAUGAAAAACGCAGGCAGUACAACAACAAACAACUGCAGCUGCUACUGCGGCAAAGUGACAGUCAUGUCUCUGAAAUGGGAAGCCUUGCAACCUGAAAUAAAAGCAUAAAAUACCAGGCAUGGCUGUUCCUUGCUCUGGCCUACAGAGAGCGGCAAAAUACAUCUUAACCACUGCAAAGAGGAAAUCUAUCAUCUGAAAUUUCAGAGAGAACUCUCCUUGCUCAGCUGGUUAACUCGACCAAUGGAGGAUAGAGAUAAACCCUUUUAUAUAUAUAUAUAUAUAUAUAUAUAUAUGUAUAUAUAUAUAUAUGUAUAUAUAAAAUUAUAAUUUUUUUUUUUACAACCUUAACACAACAAGGUUGCUGCUUUCUAACAACUACAGCUUUUCCUGGUGAACAAAGGAAGGCUUAUAAAGUGAGAUACAUAUAAGGUUAAAAUUACUAAUAGAAAAUUGUUGGCAACUAUCUUUUCUCGUUUCUUGAGAUGAUGGAUGCACAUUAAUUAAUGUUAAGGAAUUGCAGUUAUCUGAAGAAAAUGUUGUUCUUUAAUAUUGUGAUGAAAUGUUUUGUUUUUGCACUAAUGGGAUUUAGCGGUAAUAUAUUUAUAAUUGAAAAACUUUACACUUGAAAGAUUUGAAACCCUUGUGCUUGUUGUGGGCCAAUUUAUUAGACUGAGGAAGAUGACACUUUAUUGUUUGAGUAAAACAUUUUCAUGUUUCUGUUUUUAAUUACAGUGCCUUACAAUGUGCAAGAUAAUGGUGAUUUACCAAAACCAGAUAAAAUUAGAUUAUAGCAAUGAACAUAAGACAUACAUUUAUUUAGUCACAGCUCUUGGGACAUCAGUUAUCUGCAUGUAUGCAGCUGUGCCAAAGAAGGCAAUUAGGAUAACUAACAGACUAGAGCAACAUUGAGAUGAAAGGCUUUAAUGUUUAUUUGUGCAGUUUUUUUUAUGUUUGUGUGUGUGUGCGCACAUUUGAGAGAGUGAUAAAUAUGAUUGUGUGCAUAGUAAAGCAAUAUUAGUAGUUUAAAGGACUGUUAGACUGUGAAUAAUGAUUACGAAUUCUAAAGAGAAUACUGUGAGUUCUCUGAUGCGCUGAGUGCUUUAUAAAAAAAAUUAAAUAAGCUA